UGAUGUCUCAAGCUCCCGAGUCUUUUCGUUUUUGUCCUGACGCACACGUGUCUCCCCGCACACGGACAGUAGACUGAGUACGUCGACACAGACCACACACACUGACCAAUCGUCCGAGUCACACAGGCUCCUAUCUCAGUAUCGUCGGCACAUGCCACACGCUGACGGCCCAAAGAGAAAAUAGAGUGUGACCAGAUCACAGGCACAUCAACCCCAUCUAAGCAGCUGGGACGCUAGCGCAAAUUGUGCCACCACAAACAGCAGAAGUGCAAGUAGCAGCACGCAGAGGAGUGUGCAUGUCGAACACUGCAGGCGCCGGCAGCAUCUCCUGCCUAUAAGGAUCUCCAGGAACUUGCAGGGGCGCUAACAAACAAACGCACGGAGAGCGUGUGCAUCAUGUCAUAGGUGUCUCCAUCACCUGGAUGCACAUGAUCCAUUGGACGCGCCCCUGGGGCUCUGGUAGGAAGGGGGAUACUGCACACACAUGCAACCACAGUUCGUUAUGACACACUAUGUGUGCUCAGUCAGCUAUUUGUCGGCCGACCGUUGGGCUCCUUGCGGCCCUGGCCGACUGGAUUCUCUCUGGCCUGAUCGAUGGGCACCAUUUGCAGCGAGAGGUGAAGCUUGGCGGGCUUGAUGAAACUGCAAGCGCAAGAAGGAUCGUUUGUCGUGCUUGUAUGUGUUUUGUCGGGCGUUGAUGAAUGCGGACAUGUUGCGCCUUCUGCCGGGGCAAAGUCCCCUCGGUCUUCGCAUUCCGUCCACGAUCUCCUCACCACCACCACAGCAGCCCAGCACGUCCCGACAUAUAUAUGGGCAGCAACCAGAGUUAUCACUCUUGGCUGGCGUCUCUCUUGGCUGGCGAUCCAGCGAAUACCUGAAUGAGACGUGUACUGCCUGUUAACUAGCUGCAGUGAUCUCCUGAGUGCUUACCUGCAUAGGCCGUCAAUUGGCACGACUUCUUCCUCGUAGAUGACAUCGUGCGGACCUAUUGUAUCACAGUCGAUCAUACGGACCUGCGGCAAAGAAGGCAGAUUUGGUGGAUGCAUUGAUGUCCACUACAGCUUGCCUUCAUCUCGACGGCGGCUGCAAAGAAAUAGAAUUAGUCUCUGCGCGUGUGUGUCUGUGUGAGUCUUUGUGUGGGUUGACAAAUCGGCGUUUGCCAUGUACCUGCGGGGAGCUUGACUGGGAACAGCAUUCGCCAGUUGAAGCCUGCCGUAUCGUGUGCGAACUUGUGCACGUCGGUCUUGAGUGUGAUUGGAUCCGCCUGCUGGUCCUCGAACGCGCGUACAUGCAAGGUGAUCUCGAUCAUCACGUCGUUGCGUUGCCCUUAUGAAUGAAAGCCAAGACAUGCAAAGCUUCAAAGAGUGUAUCCAUGCGCAGUACGUCCUGCUGACCGACCGCAAUCUUGGAAGACGUCAAUGUCCGUCACCUUCCAGACGAUGACUCGUAACUCAAACUCAGUGGGGCUGUACAGCUCUUUGAGAUCGAUUUCCCUGUAGUCUUCUGACUCUUCCACCUGACAAGGUGCACAUGAAAUGACGUGACCGGCCAUGACACGCGCCUUUCUUCUCGAAGUACCAUAUCGAUGAAAUAUCUCAAUGUACCAGUUGCCAAACCCGAUCCGCUUUCAUCCACGUGCAGCGGCAUGAUCUCCAGGGGUGAGCUGAUACGGAAAGGCGGCAGUUCAUCGUCACGCUUGCCAUCGACGGCAGACUCAGUGGGUUGCUCCUUGAUCGGACUGCGAGACAAGGCGACACAGACAUGUCAGAAGUCGAUCGAGGUGCGUGCUGGCUACUUUUUAAUCUCUUCGUCUGUCGGCUUGCAAUAUCUGAGUGCCAUCCAUCUGUCUUCGAGAUCGAUCGAUGUCUUUCCGAUCAGUCGAUUGAUCAAAGCGCCUUUGUCGAUGACCUGCGUACAUAUACCCAAACAUUCAUCGGAAGGCCUCCUGUCUCAUCUUAUCUUCCCGUGUCGUGAUACGGACUGCAAUGGUCAGCAUUGCAUCUCCUGGUAUGGUGGCGGUCAUUUCUAUGUGCUCGUAGAAGUCGGGAUUCAAGUUUCUGUAUGAGCACCAUGAAAAGAACUCAUUUGCAGGCCGUUUGUCCAUCCUUACUCGUUGAAGACCUUGCUCGACACCACCUUCUUGCCUGCCAUUGACACCUGCAAAUGGAAUCGGCAAAACGAAACCUGCUCCAUGAUUGGUUUGUCCAUCUGUGACUGACUGACAGAAGAUAUACCUCAAGGAAAGGGUCCGAUUUGCCGAACGUGUCGAUAUUGGUCAGAUUACGGCCCGUCAACACGUAGAGAUGGACUCGCACUCGCUCCUCCUUCCACGCUGUGGCGUCUCUCUUGUCCUCUUCGGUGUCAGGAAUAGCGUCCGCGACUUGCGUAAGCAUCACGCGGCCCUGCAUGGCACCAGACAUGCAUGGAUUGCCGAUUGAUUGCAAUCUCAAUCCAUCUACGGCUCACUUUGAGUCUUGCCACUUCUUUCAUCAUUUCUCCCGUGACGAUUGGCUCUGACACAUUGCAAAUCUGCUGCAGCUUCAUCGCGUUGAAGUAGUCAUUCGUCUGAAGCCUGCAGUCACCCAUGUGGGAGGCUUGAAGGACACAGACAAGCGACAGGCAGCCCUACUCACCUAUCCGCAAGUAUGAGCCGUCGCUUCUGCAGCCGGAGCACAAAGUCACCUUUCUUCACCGGCAACGCAUAUUGAUAGCCCAGCAGCUUCCGCUCAAUGCCAUAAUGCAGAACUGUCUCUAUCCCCAAGUCCGUCUUCCCGCUUGGUCUGUCACCCUUCAAGCACGUAGCAGUGCACGUGGUGCACGUGGAUCAUGCCAAUUUCGAGUGUAUGUGUCUCAGCAUCACCCACUCGCAGUUUGAUUUCCUUCAGGCGUUUCUCCAAGUCGCGUAUCUCCUGCAUCAUGAUAAUGCUAAGCUGAACAUGCAUUCGUCCAACCAGCCAACCUGCGUACCUUCUUAAUGGUCUUCUUGGCCUUUUUCUCAGCAGAAGCCUUCAACUCCUUAAUUUUAGAAGACCUCAACUCCGUAAUUUUGCAUUCGAUUUCUUCGCAUUCGAUCCUGCACAAACAGAUCAAACUCAUCCCACGCACACACAUCUCUUUAUCAUCAAAUUGUCGCACCUGCGCGUAACUUCAUCGAACUCGUGAUAGGCUGUCUCGUAGACCCAGAAGCCAGAUUCGCGCGGGAAGCGAAGAUCAGAGCUGGGGACGUCGACACGAUAACAGGUGCCAUCGUCAUCCUUGAUGACCAUCAAAAGCUCUCCUGCGCUCCUAGACUCGGCCGUCUGAGCAGGAGGUUGGCAUUUACUGCUGCUCCAGACCACGCUACCUGUAGAGUCGGUGAGGUUGAACAAUGAAAAGAGUGUUCAGCCUGUGUGAGACGAUGGGGUACCGGUGAAGCCUUUGACCGUCUUGAUCUCCACGACGUUCAU